AUGAAUUUUACAGAAUUAUUUAAAGUAACAUCAUAUCAAUGUUCAUUUUCGCCCGAUGGUCAAUAUUCAGCGUCUGCUAAUCAAUAUCGUUUAAUAAUUCGUGCAUCGACAACAUUAGAAAUAAUAAAUGUAUUUGCUUGCAUUGAUGUCAUUGAUAUAAUCGAAUGGUCACCUGAUUCACAUUUUAUUUUAGCUGGUUUGCUUAAACGUAGUGCUAUACAAGUAUUUUCAUUAGAUAAUCCAGACUGGAAAUGUAAAAUUGAUGAAGGUUCAGCUGGUCUUUGUCAAGUACAUUGGACACCAGAUUCUCGACAUAUAUUGACAACAGCACAAUUCCAUUUACGUAUAACUGUUUGGUCAUUAACAUCAAAAAAUGUUUCAUACAUAAAAUAUCCAAAAAAACUUUCGCCAAGUUGUUAUACAUUUCAUUCAUUAAAACCAUACAUGGCCUUAGUUGAACGGCGAAAUGAUAGUACAGAUCAUGUGUCAAUAUUUAAUUAUGCAUCAAAUUGGUCGAUGGUAACACAUUUUCAAGUUAGUGAAUUAGAAGAUCUUCAAGGUAUUCAAUGGUCACCGAGUGAUGAUGUUUUAUGUUUAUGGGAAAAUUGUUAUGAAUAUAAAAUUGUUUUUUAUACACUCGAUGGACAAUUAUUAAAUAUGUACAAGCCAGAAAACGAGCAUUUCUCAUUGGGUGUACGUUGCGUACGUUGGUCGCCAACAGGACAAGUCAUGGCUGUUGGAGAUUAUGAAGAGAAUAUAACAAUAUUUAGUUAUUUAACAUACAAAAAAAUUCGACAACCUUUUCAACAUCCACAAAGACUAUCAUCAACAAACGGUUAUACUAUUUUAAAAGAAGAAGAAUGUGAUAUGAAUAAUGAAAAGUCAGAUGAGAAAAGUCAGUCCAAACCAUACUCAUCUUCUGCUUAUUCGUCAUCUCUGUUAUCAGAUCAUGAAUCAAAAAGUUGCGUCGAAUCAAAAUAUAUUAUAUAUAAUGGUACACUCAAAAUAGCUCCUAUAAAACCUAAUCUUGAUCGUGCAAAUCCACGGUUAGGUAUAUCAUCUAUAGAAUUUUCAAGUUCCGGUCGAUAUAUGUCAACAAUUAAUGAUACAAUGCCAAAUCUUUUAUUUAUAUUUGACUUUAAACCAAAAUUUCAUUUAGCUUUCGUACUUAUACAACUUCAACCUAUACGAUGUGUUAGAUGGGAACCAAAACGUGAUCGUUUAACAUUAUGUACACAUAACAAUCGUUUGUAUAUUUGGUCAUCAGAAGGUGCUUCUUGCAUUAAUUUGCCCAGUGAAUCAUCUAAACAUAAUAUAGAUGAAAUAAAAUGGAAUAAUCAUAAUUCCAUAUCUAGUGUUGCAUUGAUUGGACAGAAUUCAAUGUGUUUAGGUUUUGUUGAUCUUAAUAGUGAUCUGUAA